CUGUUGCGUCCUCGCACUCGUAAUUGCGCUUGACUUGGACGGCGCCGUACCAGCGAGAUCGCGGGGCUUGAUAUGGCAGCAUGGAAGCCAAUUGAUGUCAGAAGGCCUCCUCGCUUGAGAUCGCCCCUCUCACCUGGCAGAGCUGAUCUGGGCAAAGUCCAGCAAUCCGCAGGGCUCGCCAGACACAACUGUGACUGGAAGAAGGCUCGAAAGAUCUUCUGAUAAGCUCAAAAGUCAGACAGCCUGUAUCCAUUUCUCAUCCCCACAUACCCCUCAACGCCACUCAACUCGACGUCGCCACCAAGCUAUCGUCAGUUCCCACCAUGUCUUCAUUAGCACAAGGCGAGAAGAUUAGCGGUCUUGGAACCGCGGGCGGAGGGUCCGAAGGCACCCGCUCUGACAACCCGUCCCAAGCUGGCCGAGGGGUUGGCGCUGCAGCGUCCAGAAGACCCGAGCAGGAGACAACAGCAGCUGAGCUAGGCAAAACACUUCCUAGCGAAUUCAGUCUCGCUAACACCAAAGCCGACGCAAAGGGUCACGAGCAUACUAUGCCCAACCCUGAAGCCAACGACCCGGAGCUCAACACUGCUGGCAGAGGCGGCGAUGAGGUUCAAAUUCCGGUACAUUCUCACGAUAUCGACUUGCCUGCCCAUGCUCCUCAUGCCCACCCCAUGGCCAACGAGACUAGAGCAAAUGUGCAAUCGGGCAUCUCUGGAAGCUCCAAAUUUGGGGACAAGUAG